CGGGAGAAGUUAUUUCCCGAUUUUGAUCACGUGUGGUACACAAAAGUGCUUUGUACUGUAAUGUUUGAGUUAAGGUAUUUCAUUUCAAGCCCUCCCACGUCGUGACAGAAGUAGGUCAAGAUGCCGACUGUGUUGGCGCUUGAUGUGUCGCUGUCCAUGAGUCGGCCAGUCUUCACCCCCGACAGUCAGGGGGAGUUUCAGAGGCGCCACCUAGCGGUGCAGGGCAUAAACCACCUCCUGGACUACAUGGCUGUCAACUGCAAGUUAGAGUUCACAUCUCUGGUGGUGUUUUCUUAUCUAUGGGAACAACUGGUGACUUUCACAAGGGACUUUGACUCCAUCAAAUCAGCACUGAACAAGAUAGAAAUAUUCAACAAGACAUGUAUAGAGACUGUGUUGAAUGGUAUCAAGUCCCUGGUCGUGGAGGAAUGGAGUACUGUCACACCAUGUCAGGUGAUAUUGAUAACCGAUGGCAACAGCGGUAUUGGCCAAGGCUCACUAAAGGAAUCCCUGCAGUCCAAGACAGCUGAUGACAAGUUUCCUCUUCCGUUUCCAUUCCCAUGUAAACUUCACAUUGUAUGUGUAGCUAACCCAAAUGAUCCUGACUUGCAGAGUUCUCUGCCCUUGUAUCAGAAACUCAUUGACAUGAAUCAAGAAGGUGGAGAAAUAUUCAUUCCAGAAUCCAACAUAACAAUGAAAUCAGUGGAGCAGAUGUUUCAGAAAAUAGGGGAGACAUUUUAUUCUCCCUACUUUGGAACAAUCCAGUGUGGCAAUCUCAAGUGCAACGUGCAGCUGCUUCCUUCCCCAGAACCUCUCUCCAGGAAGAAUGCAUUGGGAGAAGAUGAACAGAUCGUCUUGAACAACAACCUGGAAGUGUGUGGUUUCCUUGAUAUUGCAGAUGUAGCCAGUCCCCCCACCAUCUCACGUCAUCUUGUUCUCCCGACCAUCCCUAAAGACAGAAGCAAGCCCACUGAUGAAAAUGGCAGCAAGGAAGGGAAGAACGGCAAGCCUGCAGGGGAUGAAGAGGAAGAGUUGGAUGAUGGGAAGACGCCGUCGUUCACGGUGCUGCUGCAUGGCAGCCUCAAGGUCGAGGGCAUGGUGGCACUCACGAAAGUGGGACCAGACUGGUAUGGGAUCAUGUAUUCCUGGGCUGACAGUAAGAAGAAAUCAAACCUCAUGUUGGCCUUUUUUUACCCAGGUAUGGACACGAUAAGCUGGCUGGGGAAGCUCGACAAUCUAGCCCACGUGUCUGAGUUCUCGGAAUCACCGUACGGGGAAGAUGACAGUAAGACCCCAUUUCCUGUUCGCCCAGGAGACAAGAGAAGCUAUGCUCAGAGCUGUGUUGUGUGGAUCAAACCAUCCGGUUUACAGGCCGACCUACAGAAAGUCCUGCGACAUGCACGGAAACUACCAGAAAAACAGCAGCAGUUUUAUAAGGAGCUGAACCGGAUACGUCGAGCAGCCUUGGCAUUCGGCUUCCUGGAGCUUCUGGAUGCGAUGGCCAGCAUGUUGGAGCGGGAGUGCACAAUGUUGCCGGGAACAGCGCACCCCAGCGCCGCCAUGCAGCUGUCACACGCAGCCAACGCACUCCAGAACCCCUCAGCCAAAGAUGUCUCCACCACCAUCAUGCCGCUACAGACCAACUUCAGCACUGACGAUUAAAAACACUACAAUGGACAUGAAGAUGUGUUAGUGCCAAUUAGAGGCAAGGAACACUCUUUUUAAAACAGGCUUGUUUCCUGAAGAUGCUCAGACAUAAGGUGCUAUAUGAUGAGCUUGAAAAAGUUUCAUUUGUAAAACAGGCAGUUAACCAGAUUCAAACACCAAAUAUCUGUGUGGAUGAAUGCUCAUUCUAUCAACCACUGGUUUGUCUGGUCCAGGCCUGAUCAACGAAGGCAGCUGUAUGUUACUUUCCAUUCUCCAAGGGUUAUGAUCCAUGCUCAUUGUAGAGACGUCGUCUGUGGAUCAAUGCCUGUAGUGUUUGUGUAUAUUUGCAACAUUACAGUACAAGAUACAUGAGAUCCUGAUGUUGCAUCAGUCAUGGUGAAUAAAUCAUUUUAUGUA